CAGGCAAGUUUGUUCAUUUCAUUUAAAGGAAUUGCAUUGGGGAGCAGGAGUAGUGAAGAUGAACCUGAGUAUUCAUACAUACUGUAGAUGUUGCUUUUGGACCUCACACCAUCCUCUGCUGUAUCUCCGCAUCCGGAGGCACUAGGACCACGCGGGGAGGCGCAACAUAACGUUUCGGCUAUUGGGCUCGGACGACCUUAAUUUCGCACUACAGAAGUCACCAUUCAACGGAGGACAAGUAUGCUGUCUGAUAUGUUGAAAUAGGGAUCGUUGAAAAUAAGCGUUUGAAGAAACUCUACGCGACUACAGGAUCUGUGCUUGCUUUGCUUUGGCCGACCUGUCACGCACUCCAGCAGAAAUCUUCACAGUGGAAAUGGGAGUAAACUUGGAAACUGGGAUACCCGGUGAACUUCCAGAAGAGGAAUCUGUAAUUUGGAUUUAAACAAGUAUUGGUGUUUAUUAACGAAGAUUGAAGUUAAGUAUACUUUGUGAACUAGUUUUGAGAUUGAGUGUGUGCGUAAAGCUGAGGCGCACUGGUGAAACAGCUGUAUUUGUAUUAUAAGUAGUGCGUGUCCCGUUUAAUUCAGGAUGCCCUUAGAUAGCGUUAUAUAUGUAUAACAGCUUUUAAAACACUUUUUAUCGAAAGUACUAAAAUUAUUUGUAUUCUAUUGCAGUUGUAACGCACUGCAGUUGUUCGUUUGUACAGUCGAAAUGGGAAAGUGAGAGAAGGUUGCCAACAUCCCAGCCAUGGUUCCUAACUGGAGAUUGGGUCUGGCUCAUCCUUGCUGUAUAGGCCUGCUGUUCUUACUCCUCCUGCCCAGCUCUGUUUCAGUGAGAGAACCUCGCCAUCAGUCCCACGUCCACCGCACCUUACUGAAACCCCACGCCACCCUCCCCCUGUCCCGCUCUCGCUUCAGUGCCAAAACUCAGCUGGACUUCACUACACACUGCAACGAAAGCUGCUACCACAAAGCAGAAGACCAGGAUAAAGAGCACCUAGCUUUUGAAACUCUCUAUGCAGACGGCUCCCGAACUUUAACCACCGUUGAUCUGGAUGAAGUCGAUGUUGAUCCUCCUCCCAGGCAGCUCACUUCUAGACACAAACGGCUAAAACGGCAGAUCUAUGGUGCAGAUGGGCGCUUUAACAUCCGCGGUGACCACUUCCUUCUGGACUACCCGUUCUCCACAGCAGUUCGCAUCUCCACUGGCUGCACUGGAGUUCUGGUGUCUCAGCAGCAUGUCCUGACUGCCGCCCAUUGUGUGCAUGAUGGAAAGGAUUACGUCAAGGGAGCCAAGAAACUUAGGGUGGGUUUUCUAAUCCCUCCAUCGGUCAACGGCACGAGGUCAGGUCAGGCUCCAGUGAAGAAACCCCUGGUGCGCUGGGUGAGAGUUAAACGCACACGAGUGCCUAAAGGCUGGAUUCAAGGUCCUCAAGAGGUCAGCAUGGAUUUUGACUAUGCUCUUCUUGAGCUGCGUUGGCCUCAUAGGCGUCCCUUCAUGCGAUUGGCUGUGGCACCAACCUCAGACCACUUAGCUGGUAAACGCAUCCACUUCUCUGGCUUUGACAGCGAUCGUCCUGGGGAAUUGGUGUAUCGGUUUUGUCCGGUAGAGGAUGAGUCCAAUGAUUUGAUCUACCAGCAUUGUGAUGCACGUCCCGGUGCAAGCGGUUCUGGUGUUUAUGGUCGUGUGUGGGAUGAUAUUUUAGAGCGAUGGGAGCGGAAGGUCAUCGGGAUCUUCUCAGGCCAUCAGUGGCUGGAAAUCAAUGGCGAGAAUCGCGACUACAACGUGGCCGUUCGCUUCACUCCGCUGAAGUUUGCUCAGAUCUGUUAUUGGGUUCACGGAAAUAAGGUGGACUGCAGUCAGGACUGAGGAAAUAGGACAUGCCUAAUUUUUGAAACUGCACUUUACCGUGUUUUACGGGUGAGGCUACUGAAUCCUAGACUAAAGAAGGUCCACAGCUAGUAGAACACUACCCACAGGCUUUGAUCACUUUAGAGAUGCAUCAAUAUGGAAAUUUUGGUGGAUAUUGAGCAAUCUUUUUAUUGGGAACCAGUAUAUACGCCGAUAAAUUUGAAUCAAGAUUAAUUUUUUUCUGAGCCUUACUACAAAAACAGAAAUAAAAAAUACUAAAGGCAACUGAGUUCUAAUACAUCUUUUAAUACAGAUCACUGCAAGAAAACAUCCUUAUUUUCUCAAGACCUCUUUUGCUUCAUAGUGGAAAACUCCCACGCUGCAGACAUCUUGUCUUCCCCAGGGCAUAAAUUCUUUUAAAGUGACUUGUGGAAGGCAAUGAUUAGUUUUCUUAUCAGGCUGAUAACGAUAGCUUUAUAAGCAUUAUUGGCCAAUACCAGAACAGCAGUUGAUUUAUUGUGCAUCACUUGGGUUAAGCGGGAACCAUAUUUAACCACUACCUUUCAUUUUUGCUUACUACACUGCCAAUGUUACACAGCUUUAGUCUGAUCGAAGGUGCAACACUGUAGAUUGAUGUUGUCAAGUAGCCAUCUGAUAUGUUGAAUAUGACUCUCGCAGUUUUGCUUUCUAACGGUCACACUUUACAGAUGCUUCAAAUUGUUGUUUGCACUUUUAUUGUAGAAUUGAAAAAGGUUUUCUCUUCUUACUCCCUGGGAAUCGGUUAAUGCUAGGAUUAACAGUUUAUUUGAUCACCAAAGCCUUUCUGAUUGUUUGCUUUUCAGACUGUAUGAACGUGUUUCCAUGUUUCACUGUGGAAUCGCAAUCAUUAAUGCCAGACUGCCUGCUAAGUCCGGCCUCUUUAAAAAUGGACAUACAAAAGAAGACUUGUACAGAGUUUGAGCCAUUGGGUGACAAUGAGCUACCCGAGUUUGGCCUGCCUUUUACCAUGCCAAACUUGCAAUCAGUUUUGCAGACUUUAUCUUAGAGAUCAGAGAAAUAUUUUAGGGUUAACACAAUUUCUCUCAGAUGACCAAAAUCCUAUAGUGAAGCAACUCUUGAACAUGGAAUAUUGUGAAAUAUGAUCACUUGAGAUGUCACAGUAGUUAAAUUGAGAGUGCUAAUAGAUUUUCAUAGUACAUAUAUUUAAAGCAUGGAUUAAUAAUAAAUCUUAAAGUCAAAGCAUACAUUUGAAUAUAUAACCCAUGACUACAAUUCACUCUACCAUUGAUUUCCAUGAUAGAUGAAGACUGCGUAUUGGUAGCAUUAGUAUGUGAUGGAAAAUAAUGUUCUAUAUUCUUUUAUGUUGGAUUAAUAUAAAGACAGGAAACUAUUAGAACGGUUGUGGGGUAAUUGUUUAUUAUAAUUAUAUAUUUUGAAAGCUUUUAUUUUAAUAAAGUAAAAACGUCUGUUG